AUGGAAGGUAUUCAGGCCAGAAUAAAAGAUAAGUCCGGAGCAAAUGGUGAUCUUCCAUUGCAAGAAAGACGACCAGGAAGAGUUCCUCAGGACAAAAAGAAAGUCAGCACUGCAGGUGUUGAAAUGCAUCUUGAUGUUAAAACAAAAUCAAAAGAUGAAGCUGUGGUUGACAAACCAAAGAAGAAAAAAAUAAGCUCACAAUAUGAUUACUUUGAUGAAAAAGAUAACUGGUCACCAAAUUCAAGAUUUUUUAAAUUUGUAGACACGUCUUUUAAAACAGAACUAAGGAGGUUAACACGGAAGUACUGUCAUUACGACUGCAAGGACAUAGACGAGUCCUUAUUUUUUCGAUUUUUCUGA